AUUCGGACGACAGCGAAGUCGCCAGUCCUCCAGCGGAGUUGUGGGCCAACGUAAAUCUCUGGUUCAACAACAAGAUGAAAGUUAUUCGAUUCGCCCUAUCGCGGUUGAGGACCAGGUCAACAGAAGGUGUAGCUUCACCUAGAACGCAGGUGCAUUAUUUAUGGCUCGGCUGCGAAUACUUAUAAUGAAGAUCGCCAGGAACACCUUACCUCAUGCGUAGAAAAGGAGCAUAAGCUCAAAAAAUAUAUAUGCACGAACUUAUAAGUUCUAUCGGCCUUGAGCGCUAGCCUAAACCUGCAAAAGCAGACCUUGAGCCAGACCCGUAUAUAGGCUGAAGAUGACCCAGACCCAGAUGCGAUGAUUACGCAUGAAUAUUCGUAAACAACAACUAUCGCUGAUACAGCUGAGGAUCUCUCAAGCACGUCGUGAUCAUGCGCCAAGGCAAAAAACCAACCCUCCUUAGUCGUCGUGUUGAACACGACUCCUUACUUACUUCUAGGCAAAUUGCCAAAAUUUGGAGGCGACCUGUCAUCUGUUCUAAUGUCAACAGAAGGUGUAGCUUCACCUAGAAGAACGCAGGUGCAUUAUUCAUGGCUCGUUUGUGAAUAAGUAAAUCGGCUGAUGACCCAGAGGCCGAUAGUCGUAAACAAGCACGUCGUGACCUAUCAUCUGUUCUCUAACAGAAUCUAGAGAAGAAGAAGAAGAUCAGAUAAACCAGACGAGCAAGAAGAAAAG